AUUCCAAACAUAGUGUUAAGAGUCUCUCUCUCUCACUCUCUCUCUCUCUGAGCCAGAACUAACGGUGAAGUCCCGGAGGAGACAGGUCACGACGGUCUCUUUCAGAUCCCCCAAACCCUAGUUAUCUCCCACCAGUCCCCAAACCAUCAACUAAGUAAUGGAGUCUUCAGACUCAUUACCCUUUGAUUCAUUUAAAUCGAAGAAGAUACUACAUUCAUCAGCCCCGAAGUCCUCGCCUCCCGAUCAGUUGACCAAAGCUUGUUCUGAUUCGAGUACAUGUAGCUCCAAAACCCCCGAGAAGCCACCAAACCCUCCGAGUCGAGUCCGGAACCGCCGAACUGCGGCGUCGGUGGAAGAAAUGAGAGAUGUCGCUUCAGAGCGCCCGAUUCCAGAUCAAGAUCGGCCCUAUCAGUACGAAAAGUCCGGUUCUGAUGACGUAAAUCUUCCGGAAAAGUAUGAGAUAUUGGGAAAGUUCUUCAAUAGCUUGGAUUGUUCGAUUCGGCUGCUUAGGUUGAGGGGCUCAAUGUCCACAUUUACAAAUAUUUGCCCCAAAGUAGAGCGUUUGACAGAUAGGAGGUUCUCCCAUGGUCAUUUAGCACAAUUGAAGUUUAUUUUGCCUGAAGUGAUUGAGAUAAAGAAGGUACUUGUACAUGAUGAGCGAACUUGUUGUAUGAAGCCUGAUCUUCAUGUUACUAUGAAUGUUGAUGCUAUUAAGAAUGAGGGCAUGAUGAAAUUGGCUAGUGGGAAUUCACACAUGAGGAAGGUCUUUCAGGGUAGACUAUUGGAUUUCUUUAAAGCCCAUCAUGAGGGGGAAGUUCCAGAGGGAACGCUACCAGAGCCAUUCAACCAGUCAAAGCUAGAUCUGCAUACAAGCACAAUCAAGGCCUCCAGCUCAUCCUUGAUCGGUGAGGCACUAACUGAUGCACUUGAAGAACCACAGCCAGCAGCAGCAUCCCAUCUAUCUCAAUCUUUCCAAAAAUGCUUUUCAAAAGAAGUUUUUCGCAUUGAAGCAGUACAUAGUAAUCCAGAACAAUCAUUAGUGUCUGUUCAGCCUUCAGUUCCCCCUGUUUCAGAGCUGCAGGUUGACCACAGUUCCUAUGAUGAGCGAAUCAGUGCAUCUGCUGCCCAAUUCAUUAGUAAAUUUUCUUUAAAACCAACCACCCAUCAAAACUGUUCACUCCGGGCUUCUCAAGCAAGUGUACCACAGCAUCAUUCACCUGCAACUGCCAUGAAAGAUAUAAAUUUUGUGAAGAAUGAAGUCUGUUCUUCUGUGCGAACUCCUACCGUACAAGGAACUCCUGCAAAACACUUUUUGACUCCAGUAAAGCUGAUGAGUGCCACACCUGCAUUGCAACCUCCAAAGAGGUGUUAUAUGAGCCCGGACGAUGAUUCGACCAGCUCACCCAACAAAUCUGUUAAUCGGCCACUUCGUAUCAGAUCAUUGAAAUUUGACACCCCUGUGGAAAAUGCAAAGAUGGACGAUGAAGUCAAUAUCACUGGAGGAGUAUCAGUUGACAUUGACAGUGAUAUUUUUGAAAUUCUUCCCGAGAAUCUUCUGCAAUCGAUUGGAGAGAAAGAGAGGAAAGCAUUAGAGCAGCAGGAUCCGGCCUUCUCACAAGUGAUGAGGCGCCAACAGAUGAUUGGCAGCUUACCUAAACUCUUUGACUUGAUUUGUUACUUGUUUCAGUCAAUCAAGAGUUCUGUUAUCACAAAAGAGGAGCUUAUGCACAAGAUAGUGGCCAGCCACCUAGAUAUUGUUGAUAGAAGAGAAGUUGAAGAGCAGCUUGAACUUUUGCAGGAACUAGUUCCUGGAUGGAUUUAUGAGAGGUCUGUAUCUAGUGGAGAUCUUCUCAUAUGCAUCAAUAAGAUAUCAAGCCCGGAGUUAAUUGGAAUUUCACUUCCUCAAGUUAUUUAAAGAAGCGGAUUUAUACUGGUCAACAUGGGCAGAGCUGGGUUGCUAAGUCUUUUGUGUGGACUGGGCGAAACAACAAUUGGCCGCUGGGUUGUUAAGUCUUUAGCUUCUAAGGUGUUACCUGUUAAUUAGGCUUUGUUUCCCCCAGCCUGUUUUUGUUUCGUUUCGUUAGUCUCUUCUGAUGUACCUUCCUUUCCUACUUAAUGAAAGAUUUCUAGUGUUAAAAAAAAAAUAAAAAAAAUGGACGGAGCUAUGCAUAAAGUAGGUGUUUAAUUGAA